AUGACACGGGGCAACCAGCGUGAGAACGAUCGGGCCAAGGCCCUGAAGAAGGCCGGCAAUUCGGUUGGUUUCCAUCCCCAGUCGUCUUUGCAAGUUCGUGCCACUAACUGCCCCAACCCACAGAAAAACAAGAACCAGCAGAGCGGCAGCGAGUUUGCUAGGGCCAAAGAAGAUGCUGCAGCCAUCAUGCGCGAGAAGCAGCGGAAAGCGGACGAAAAGAGGGCUGCCGAGGCAGCAGCAGGAGGAGCCAAAAAGAAAUGA